AUGCCGGACAGGAGAGGCGCGACGGUGCUCGAGGACCUGCCCGGGGAGAUCAUCGACAUGAUACUCAUCCGGUUGCCGCCCAAGGACGUCGGCCGCUGCCGUGCCGUCAGCACCUCGUGGCGCGGUGCCACCUCCACGUCCGAGUUCAUGCUCGAGCACCGCCGCCGCCAGCCCUUGCUCCCCAUCAUCGACGGGCAGGGGCGGCCCGCCAGUUUCGUCGUCCUCCGCGACGCCGGCGCCCGCGCGUCGUCCACUCAACCGCUCUGGCCCUUCGUCCCGGGCGACAAGAACAGACCCAAGAAGGCCCUCCGCACUAGCUGCGACGGCUUCAUCAUCAGAUACGAUGGAUCUCAAUUCUACAUCUGCAACCCGGUCACCUGCAAGCAGGCUCCCCUACCGUGGCCUCAUCAAGUUGGGCAAGACAUUCACAGCACAGUAACUGGUUUCUACCGGCACCAUCCAACUGGAGAAUACAGGGUGCUUUGGGUCUCCUGGACAGCAGACCGCCUCCCUAAACUCAGCUUAUACGUCCUCGCAGUGGGAUCCAACAAGCCGAGGAAUGUCACAGUCAAGAUGCCAGCAGUCUCAUCGCCUUCCGUGGAACACACGUUACUGGCGGAGAUGUGCACUUCGACCCAUUCUCAACCACCAGUCCACCACAAUGGCAGCCUGCAUUGGUGUCCUUAUUUUGCCAAAGACAUUAUGGUAGGCGGCGCUACGGAAGGCGGCGGGGACAUUAUUGUGUUCGACACAGAAGCUGAGUCAUUCCGGUUGAUUCGCGGUCCUGCCCAGACAGGCUGGAACAGGAAAUUAUUCAACAUGAAGGGAACACUCGCUUUCUGGGGCAGCUCCGCUCUCCGUUCCUCCGAUAUAGAUGUCUGGGUCAUGCAGGAUUACGAGGCCGGAAUCUGGGAUUUGAAGUACCGGAUUGACCUGAUAAAAGUGGAGGCAUCACGGCAACUUUAUUUCACUUCUUCCAAAAAGAAAAAGAAUACACGACUUGAUUCUGCGAUGCGCAGUAUCCUUGAUAUUGCUGUGCUCAGCGAGCGUGAGGUGCUCGUCAUGUUCAAUAACAAACUUGUCCUCCGCUGUGACAUUGAUGGCAAGUUCUUAGGUAUGGUGAAAAUUGGAAAUGGCCAGUACUGUAUGAAGCUUACUCACCACCUUCUCCAAGAGAGCAUUAUUCAAAUUCCGUCCCACGAGGUGCAAGGAGAAGAUGAGGAGCCUGCUUUCUCCACAGGGCGUGCAUGAAUGUUCCUGGUUUGCUUUGCCCUUGUAUUCAGGGCAUGUCUUUUGAACUCAGCUGUUCUUACUAAUUAGUACUAUCAGUACAUGUCAUUUUGGAUGGUUGUCAGCAGCUCAUACGCUGUUAUCAUUUGGGGCUUGCUUAUUAUCAUGACUUGAAGGUCUUGUUUAUAUUCUGAACUGUGGAUUACUGAUCUAUGUUUUUAUAAUUUUAUUACUGUUCCUCCCUGCCUCCCAAAAUUUACGUUAAUCUUGGCAUGCUUAAGAUGCACGAUGGGCA